CUGAGAUGGUCGGGGCUGCUGGUCCAGGCUGUGGCAACAGGGGCUGAAGUCUGUGGGGUGAAGGGUCUCUUAGGCCGUGGGGGCCUUGAUUUUCCCCCCCACCCCCGACCUGGCUGUCUGCCCACUUGUAGAUGUGCGCCGUACCCUGUUCCCCUUCCCUGGUUCUGUGUUCGAGUCUGCUCUGUUUUGUCUUUAUUAAAGCAUGUUGGAGCACGUGGGAUCAAGGCCCCCUGUUUGUGGCAACCAUACCCAGUCCAGGGCAGGUUGUGCGCGGGGGGGGGCGAGAAAGGAAGCUGGGGACCAGCGGGUGCAUGGGGCUGUCCUUUUCCCUACUGCAGUGCAUCUAGCAUUGGGGUCCUGUCCCUGCUGCUGGGGCUUCCCCUGAUGACGUCAGAGCCCAUUUUACCCAUUGGCUGCCUGUGUUUCCCAGCAUGCCCCCUGGUGGGGGUGUGGUCUGAGGAAGUAGCAGGCAGCUGCCUGGGGGGACCGGGAUGGAGGUGCGGGGCCGGCAGCUGCGCGUGGCAGUGGUUGGGGCAGGGGCAGCGGGGCUCUGCGCUGCUCGGCACUUGGCUGCCCGCCCUGAGGCCUUUGCGCCCCCUGUGGUCUUUGAGGCCUCAGCCCAGCUGGGUGGCACCUGGGUCUACAGCGAGGAGAGGCCGUUUGGCAAGGGGCCGCCCCUGCCCUGCAACAUGUACCGGGACCUCAGGACCAACCUGCCCAAGGAGGCCAUGGCUUUCCCUGACUUCCCUUUUGAGGUGGCGCUGCCCUCGUUCCUGCCCCGUGCCGCGGUGCUGAGCUACCUGGAGCAUUACACCGAGAGCCACGGGCUGCGGGGGUACAUCCGGUUCCAGCGCUUGGUGAAGCAAGUGACCCCUGUGGAUGGCCCUGAGAGUGGCUGGGACGUCACCUCCAGCCAGGCCACAGGCGGGGGAGAGCAGGAGACUGAGCGCUUCGAUGCCAUCAUGGUCUGCAGUGGGCACUACUCCACGCCCUUCAUCCCCUCCAUCUCUGGCUUGGAGACCUUCACAGGUCAGGUGCUGCACAGCCGUGACUACCGAUGCCCUGAGCCCUUUGCGGGUCACUCAGUGGUGCUGGUAGGCGCUGGCCCCUCAGGCGUGGACCUGGCCCAGCAGUUGGCACCCCUGGCACGAUGUGUGACACUGAGCCACAGCCAGGCUAUGCCUACCGCCUGCCCUUCCUGCCUGCUGCCCGCUUGGGCCUGUGCGUGGGGGACCACCUGGUGGCCCCACUCUACCGCCACCUCCUGCCGCCCCAGCACCCGUGCCUCUUCCUGGUGGGGCUGUGCCAGCAGAUCUGCCCCUUCCCGCACUUCCACGUCCAGGUGCUCUUCUGCCUGGCUGUGCUCACAGGUACCUGCCUGCUGCCCCCUGCCCCCGAGCGGCAGGUGGCAGCUGAGGAGGAGCUGCGGGUUUACCUGGCUGCUGGGGGUUCCCCCCGGCACUUCCACCGCCUGGGCGUGCGGCAGUGGGGCUACCUGCAGGAGCUGGCACAGCUCGGGGGGUUUCCACCACUGCCCCCCGUCAUCCAGAAGAUUUAUGAUGAUACGCGGGAGCGCCGCACCCAGGACGUUGGCAGCUACCGUGACUGCAAUUACCGCGUGCUUGGUGCCGAGGAGUGGGAGCUGGUGGGGUGAGGAGCUCUGGCCCCCAUGGGGCUGUGCGGGGAGUGGAGAUGGUGUCUCUUGGAGGGGUGAUGGCAGGGGGUCCUGCCCCAGCACUGCUGGGGAAAUGGGGGACACGGGCCCAGGGCAGUGCUGGGUGCUGGCUUGCCCACAGGACUGAGCCCCAGGUUGAGUGCACCUGGUGAGGUAGACCCAGCCCCUGCAGCGAGUCCCUGCACUGCACAGGCACAGCCCUGCUCAGGUUCCUGCACUAACCUGGAUAAUGUCCCCAGGAAUGUCCUCCCCUACCCUGUCUGGAAAUAACAUGUCUUUUACAGGGAAAAACACUUUUUUGGAGACUUGCAAUAAAGUGAUGGUACAUCCAGGGUGG